AAGCCUUGAUCUUUGAAGUUGUGAGGAGCUGAUGAAAGCCUUUGGUUGUGGUGUUUGAAGUGCGCAAAGCAGCUGGCUUUGUGUUCGUGGGGCUCCUCCCGUUUCUGUGAUGAAGUUCGGAUGCGCGUCACCAAGCAGCGCGCACAGCUGAGGAGCUUCCCCGACGCCACGCCACGGCACGAGAGAUGGGGAGAUGCGUGGAUCACGAUCACGGGAGGCUUCGAAUGUGACAUUGUCCGUCGUUUGUACCUCCACAGAACGCGGUGCCACCCUUUGUGUGAGCACUGACCGAGCUGAUCUGGAUUCAGAACACCCAGCAGCACCUAUCCCCCCCUUUCUACAAAGCUUCCUUGGCUGCGUGGACCGUGAAAAACCUCUCGGAUCGGUUUUAGUUUUACUCCAACAGAUCGUGUGUGCGUUUUUAAAGCAAAAUUGGAUCCGGGAAAUGUUGGCAUGGCCGCCUCGGGAGCUCAUAAGUGUCCGAAGAGUGAGAAGUUGGACGAGGCGCAGGCUUUGGCCAAGAGCUGCGCGGGGAGACCAGACUUCCUGCCGUGUGAUGGACUCUCCAUCUGCGCGACGCACAGCCACGGGAAGUGCUUCAAGCUGCACUGGUGCUGCCACUUGGGCUGGUGUCACUGUAAGUACGUGUACCAGCCCAUGACCAAUGUGUGCCAGCUGCCCAGCACAGCUGUGCCGUCCGUUGGAUCAGAGUGCAGCGACACCAUGGACCUCUCCGUCUCUCUGGCUGAGCGCUUCCUGAAGCUGGCACCCAGCUUCCAGUCUCCGCCUCACCUGGAGUCUCCCAAGUACUGUGUCAUCGCGGAUCUGUUUGUGGACGACUACAUUGUCAAAAGGAUCAAUGGGAAGAUGUGCUACGUGCAGCGGCCCCUGCCUCCCUUACCGGAACCGCCUCGACCUCCCUCCCCUCAGCCGCCCGCUCCAGCUACACCUCAAUUGCCUCCUAAUCCCAGUCCGCCAGAGCAGCCGGUGAGCCCGAAGCGGCAGGCUCCUGCUCCGCCGGUCCCACAGCCGUACAGCGAACAGAAACACCUCUCCACUGUCGAGAAACUAAAAGGCCCUAAAAUGGACCACUGCUCGUCCCCAUCCAGCUCAGAGGACUCCGGUAUCAACGCACUGGGCCUCCACUACCUGGAGUCCUGCGAGGAGGGAAGUGAGGAUGAGGAGGACGAGUUGAGCACAGAUGGAAACUCAAGCCCUGGAAGCCUCUGGGACCAGGACGACUGUUCUCUUCUCUCCCCCUCCAAAUCAAUGAUAGAGAUCAUCGAAAAGAUUGAAACAACUGUCUAACUGACAUACAGAAACCACUUAUGAGGAGGACCAACGGAGCAGUGUCCAACAGAGAACAGCACUCCAGGAUUUCAUUUUCCAUGGACUCACAGGGAGCAAACCUCAAUCUAGUGGUUCUGUAGGGUAUUUGCAAGGUUGCUUCAGGCUGAAUUUCUUCUCCUGCAUGUGGCUGAAGAUUAUACAGCCACAAAUUUCACAGAGCCUCUUUUCUGCCCAAUUCCCCUGCAUGGAGUUCAUUUCUGAGACUUAUUGGAAUCAAGAAGGAAGCACAAAAAUCUCAAGGAUGUGAACAGUAGACAGAAAUUCAAGAGUAGAGUAGAAACACGUCAAAACAGACACGAAAGAUAUAAACGAUAGGCUUUUUUUGUGAUUUUCUUGUGUAGGUAAGUUACGGGAGCUACAUUAUGUAGGAACAAAUUUGUUCUCUGACGACAAUGAACAGUGAGGUAACUCUUGGUGUUCUCCAAUUGUCAGUCUUCAGUGUCAUUCAACCUCCAUGUCAUCUCUUAUUCACUGGUAAGCAACUCCACCCACACACACAUUGCUAAUUCUGACACUUUAGCGUAAUGAUUGCGAGGCCAGCUACCUCUUAUGGGCCUCAAGCACAUCAGCCUUUUAACUCGUUAAAAACUCACCUCUGAGCUGACCAGACGCUGCCUGCUUCUGUCGCAUUAGGGAAAAAAAGCUUUCAGAGGCCACAAUUCAUCCGCACUUUACCGACGCCAUCUCAGGCGGCAGGUAGGUCGGUAUCUGACAAUCAAGAAUUACACAGAAGCACAUUGCUACACGGUAGCUGCCACUAAAGACCACUUCUAUGACUAAUUACCACACGUUACUAUGUUCUUCUGACCACCUUUGUUUGAACAAACUUAUCUAAACUGUAGAUGACAGGUCAGAUUUUUAGAAGUGGGGUUCUGUGGGGAGUGUUUGAGUAGUCAGUGUGCUACACUUACCAGCAGGUGGGUGGGUAAAUACAGCUCACUGAAGAAAACAAUAUGAUUACAGGUUCAUGAGAACAAGACAAGAAGAGAUUUUAACUGGAUUUUGGUGAAACAAAGAUUGACCUAUAUUUCUGAUUUCACAUGUAAUGUAAAGGUUUUACAAACUACAAAGAAUCUUAUCAGUAUAGAAUAUUCUACUCCAUGUUAUUCUGGUUGAUAUAUUAUGGUUUCCAUACAUGUCUAAAUCUAAAGGGGUCCUAGUUUACAUAGAAACAUUUAAAAUGCGAUAUAUUGCACACAAGCAGAGUUAAGGUUUUCCAUGUUUCAGACUGCGCAUUUCAGAAUCUCUCUACAGCGGUGGUCCCCAACCGUUUUAGUCGCACGGACCGGUCAGCCCUUUGCAGUUUUGCUGCGGACCGGGGCGGGGGGUCGUAAGUAUCGAGUCCGAUGCUGUUGUUGGGGUGCGCGCGCAGUACUCCUAUGUUGUUUUGUUACUCAUUCAAUUGGCUCAAUUUUGAUGCGUAAGAUGUAACCGGUAAAAUCCGGUUUAGGAUUUUCAAAAUAAAAGAUCUGGAAGUAGUUCGUUAUUUCUUGCGCGGCCCGGUACCGGUCCACGGACCGGUGGUUGGGGACCACUGCUCUACAGUGUAAAACUGUUAAUUUCAAGCUUCAUCAAUCUAUGCAUUUUACAUUUUUGAAUUAACAUACAGCAGUACAGAAUAGGAUACAUAAAAUAUAUAUAAUAAAAUAUAGGAACAGAAAUUAUGAAAGAGUCCAGAGUCAUUUAAAAAGAUAAUGUUUUCCUUUAGCAUCCACAGGAAGCUGCAAAGCGGACAGUAAUCUUUGCAUCGCUAUUAACUGUUAGCUAUACAUAUAUUCCCAUAAUGCUUACAAACUGUUCAUGAUUUAUCUGUCACUUUUUCAACUUUUCUUCUGAGUACAAAAAAAAAAUCCUGCUAGUUAAGAGAUUUAAAAGUGGUGGAGGCUUUUCAGUGCUUUUGUCAGUGAGUGUGGUUUACCAACCAGACAGCUUCUGCACUAGUUAACUUUGUCAAUAGAACAAGGUAACAACUCAAUAACUACUUCCUCUUAUACUUCAAAAUAAGUCUUAAGUAUAUAAAUGCAACAGGGUGUUAAGAUAAAAUGCUCACCAUUUCAUCCAGUGCUCAGAAUAUUAACUUACAUUUAUUUUGACAGAUACUCAUGCUAGCAGCAGCUGGUUAGCAGUUUACAACACAGGCUUGGAUUUGUAACAUUUUAUUAUCUUGAGAUCUGGCACCAGAAGGUCUUAUUACACCACUGCUUAACAGAGGUAGAUUUCUGUUUUUAGAUGUCAGAACCUCACAUUGGUUCUGAUGUGUGGAAAGCCAAUUAGCAAUAUCUAAGUAUGUAGUUUUUAAAAACUUGUACUGUUUUCCAUCUCUUAUGCAAUUUAAUAUAUUUUUUAUAUGAGAAAUAGUACCAGGAUGACCGUAGUCUUCUUUUAAUAAAUUAAGUAUAGAGUAGUGGAUUAAUGCCACCCUCCCAACCGUUGCUGUGCACUGCUAUUCAGCUGGCUGCCUUUUUUCUCUCACACAAGCUUUUAGCAGUAUGUAUGUUAAUUCUGGCUAAUAAACCAAGUAAUAUAAGACUUCUAUUCUUGUGUUUUGGUAUAACAUGCAAAACUCAUUAGAAAAAGACACAUUUCUUUGCUUUUGCUUAGAUUUAUAAAUCACAAUCACAAUAUUUUAACUGAAAUAAUCUAUCCAUUCAUCCAUCCAUUAUCUAUACCCACUUAUCCUUUUAGGAUUUUUUGGGAGGUUGGUGUCUUUCUCCAGCAGUCAUGAUCUAAAUAAAGGUAAAUAAUGGUAUUUAGGUAAGUCUAUAUAUUUUUAUCUGCUUUAUUUAAUCUAAAUACCGUUUUUGCUCAAGGGUAUUGUACCAUGAGAGCGUCUGCAGAGAACCAAUUUCUGUUCCUGCAAACUGUGCUAGCUAAGGUAGCCAUCUACUGCAAGCAGAAUACUGACUGCUCAUAACAACUCCACAGAACCCCAGUUCAAAUAAGUUGAACCAUCCUAUUAAAAUAGAAUCAUAUACAGAUCUUUAUAAAGAGCCAGAUAUUGAAAUUGCGUCAACAUAUCUCUGGCACAGCAAACAUAGGAGAAUGCUAAAGACUAUUAAGAUACAUGAUAUUGGCUCAAUUUGUCCAAUGUAUUCUUUUAAAUCAAUAUUAUAACACGACUGCAUAUUCAUUGGCUUUGGUGCUAUUAAUGCAUCUUUUAUGAUGAAUCGAAGGAGUAGGCAGGGAAAGAAGUAGAUUAGAAUAGUUUGUCACAGUUAGUUUGUACUAUUGGACAGAAAUAAUCACUUAUUGCACCUUUAGAGGGAAAUUACAAUGUGAGAUGGGAUGUUGCAUAGGUGUUGUGAUGUGGUUGAUAUAACAAGACGUGAGCCAGCCCUUUUAUUAGUUGGUUACAUUAAGUGGGCUGGAUUUUUUUUUCCAUUUCUCUCUUCCUUUUCCUUUUGUUCUUUUGUUUUUACAGGUCAUUUGUCAAAAGCUAUCAGCAAAAAUUACCAAAAUCUUCACAAGUGUUGCUGAAUUUCCUUAAGCACAGAAAGCGGAAGUCAUUUUGCAUGACUGCAUUUGUUCUAGCAAAUAUAUAAUAUAUCUACAGUAUAUAUAGUUUAACAAAUUUUGUGAUUCUGUGUGAAAAAGAUAAAAUGACUCCUAAAUCAGGGUGACAUCUGGAACAGAAUCCUUAUUAAUGCAGUUCAAAAUGUAUGUUAUGUUCUUAUUAUUGUUAUAUUAUUUUCAUAUGAAUAAAUCUUAUGAAACAGAG